CACCCAUCUCCUUUGUUGCUAUGGCGUUCUGUGGCUUGACACGUGACCUGCCUUCUCAUCGGUCCACAAACAAGUUCCCGGAGCCAGGCUCAACGAAUCUGCAAACAAACUCACUUUUGGCACCCACAGAGGUGAAACAGGAGAUGGAGGCUGUGCACCGCUGCUUCCCUGAACCAAGGCGACAGCUAAACCUUUCCAAACACCCACAACAGCCACUUGGUUAAACAGAGGCACCGGAAGCCUAGCACAUCGUUCCAGCAUGAGCCCCAGAUCUAAUUGGCAUCUGUCACUCCCCAGCGACUGUUGCAUCUCACCAUCAUUCUGAUUCUGUUGCAGGGACCUUUAAGUCACCACAGAGCCAGAGCAGAGGAGGACAAAGAGGCCUGUCAAGAGAGCUAAGGAGCAUGUGGGGACGUUGACCUGACCCACCCAACCUCGUUGGCCUUUGGCAGCAGCGAUAAUUUGGAAAACAUGAUUCCCGGAGAGAACGUUUGCUGAGAAAGGGCAGGCAAGUCCUCUCCCCCCCCCCAACUGCACACAAACAGUGUAGCUAGCUAAAGAGCAAAGAUCAAAGCACUUCGCUCAGAGAAAGCAGUUUUGCAUUGCAAGAGAGGACGAGAGCUUGGCCGGGCACUUUUGCAGCAACAGAUAGGUGCGCGCUGGUGCAUUGCCUGUGGCACCUGUCAGAGGAAGACCCCAAUUCUCCUCUAACGUGAAUUAAAGGAAAGGUGAAUCUCAGGGGUCGUGCCUGCACACACGCUCCUGUCCCUGGGAGUGCGGCUUUUGCUGAGGGAGGCCCUGCCAGAUACUGCCUCCACGUUGCAAUGGCGCAACAGCAUGGCGGCGCUCCAAAUCCCGCUGCACUGGGACCCGAACAGGUUCAACUCCUUUUGGCCACAAGCAAAGAAGCCAAGCGGUUUGCCUACUGCCCCUACAGCAACUACCCGGUGGGGGCUGCCCUCCUGACCUCCGAUGGGAAGAUCUUCUCUGGUUGCAACAUUGAAAAUGCAUGUUACCCGCUGGGUGUGUGUGCUGAACGUACAGCAAUCCAGAAGGCAGUGUCAGAAGGGCAUACAAAAUUUCGAGCUAUAGCUAUUAUUUGCAACAGCCAAGAAACGUUCGCGGUGCCCUGUGGGGCUUGCAGACAAGUGCUCAGAGAGUUCGGCAAACAUUGGGAAAUCUUCUUGGCCAAGGCAGAUGGGACGCACAUUCAGAAGACUUUGGAGGACCUUCUGCCUUUCUCCUUUGGACCAGAAGACCUGAAGAUGGUCUGAAGAGCACAAGAAACAAGAAUCAACCCACAGAGGCUUUGGUGACCUUAAUGCUCCCAGCAUGAUGGACAGAGUCCUUUUAUAUAUUUCAAAACUAUUGCAGAUUCAGAUAUUCAGUUCAAAUGCAAUUCCUUAGCCCAUCCUGCACAUUCAGGGAGGGAGCUACUUUGGAAGUCACUCGGCUAAGAGCGAUAUUUACGAAAGCAAGGAAUGGUAGAGCAUGAGACUCUUAAUCGCAGAGUCAUGGGUUCGAGCCACACCUUGGGUGAAAGAUGGGGUUGGAGUAGAUGACAAUUGGUGUCCCUUCCAACUUUACAAUUCUAUGAAAUCCUUUUGCAGCUUAAUUCCCUGCUUUACAGAAGUGGCUUCCCCCACGAACUCUCCUCUUAAAAAGGGGAUGGCUUCAUCUCAAUAUCUGCAUUGCUAGCAUGCACUGCUCCAGGUGGAAGACGGAAAGAUGCCUUAUACCAAAUCAGACCAUUGGUCUACCUAGCUCAGAACCGUCUCUACACUGACUGGCCGUGGCUUGCAUAGGCUUCAGACUUUUUCAGCCCUACUUGGAGAUGCUGAGGAUUGAAACUGGGACCUUCUGCAUGCAAAGCAGAUGCUCUACCAUAGCUUCUUUAGGAGAAACCAUGGUCCUCCUCCAAAAUAUAAAAAAGAUCCCAGUCCUCAUGGUUCUCAAUAAAGGGUUGAUUUAAACAGGAACACAUUGGUUCAUCUAGCUUAGUUUUGUUUCAAGCUCUGUCCCGAGAUUUCAGGUGGCCCUACCUGGAGAUGCCAGGAAUUAAACCUGCGACCUUCUGCAAGCAAAGCAGAUGCUUCACAGCUGGGGUGCAGCUCUUCCUCAGAUGUGGAAAAGGCUGGAGAGGAGGAGGACUUCUAGGGCUGGGGGCUCAACCCUUAUGUCUAGAAUUCUAGACAAUCCCUUUUCAAAAAAAGGUUCUUUUCUUUUCUCUGUGACACCCCACUCUUUCUUACAAGAACCAGAAGACAGUCAUGGUCAACAGACUUAUGAUCUCAAAGCUAUGGCACACAAGGAAAAAGGGAUGGGGAGGGAGAAAUGAAGUGCCCAAGCACCAGCUCUCAAAGCUGCAGUGUUAAAAGGUGUGUGUCUGAAGCCAUAUGCAUGUCUAGGACUCACAUGUAUUCAGUGACUGAAAUCUUUUGCUCCCAAUAUAUAUAAUUUGAUUGAUUUUCCCACUUUAACCCAUUUAUACCAAUUAUUUCCAGAUCAAUACAAUUUCGUUUAAGUGGUUUCCUGCAUGCCGUUCUUGACCUGUUUAUUUGCUUUUGUCAAGAUAAUUUUGUGUGUUUUACUUACGUACAGGGACAUCCUUGCACCCGUAAAACAUGACACAAAAGGAACUGUAAUGUAAUCAUGUGUGCUGUUACAUCGGCAAUGCUUUUCCCACCAGUAUUUCAGUACUGCCCUGGGGUCCAGCAUUUUCCAGCCUCCCAUAAUAUGCCUUUUACAUAUGACUUGUAUUCACUUCUGUUUUUGUUGCAAUAUUAAAAGUGAAACUUGACAAAUAA